AUGGAUUCUACAAACCCAAAUGAUGAAGCCACUAGUUCAACUCCUCCAACACAAAUCAAAAACACAUUCAAGCUAAAUCCAAAUGCACAAGAGUGGACUCGAGUAAAGCAAGAGGAUAGGUGCCUCUUCCUAACAUUUUCAAAUAGUAACACAUCAACCACAAGAGGAGAUAUACAUGCCUACUUUAACAAUAUAUUUGGUGAUUGUGUGCAAUCAAUUUCGAGGUUUGGAGGUCAAGAUUCACCACUUUGUGCUAAAGUGCUUUUCAAGUUUUCAAUUAUACCAAUGAUGGUUUUGAACAAUUCCAAUGAAGUUUAUAUACAAAUUAAUGGCCAAUCAGUAUUGUGCAAAAAGUAUGAUCCAAAGAAGAAACAACACCAUCAAAGGUCGAUCCAGAAUAUGGAAUAAACAUUUAAGAAAAAAAAUAAAGAAGGAAAAAUAAUUAAUAACUAUGACAAUAAUGAGAAUUAUAAAAUUGUUCUCUAUAUA